ACGUAGGUGGACGGUGCACGAGCCAUCCGUCAGCGAUCAAAGACGGAGCGGUCGCUGGCUGGCGUGCCUGUGAGUGAGUGUUCCUGCCCCCCCGCGCGUUGUUGGCGUUGAGCCCUAUUAAACGCUUGACGCGUCGUUCCCUCGCCAGCCCACUACGACGCGCGACCGUGUUUGCCCAUUAAAGUGCUUUCCGCGACAAGACCUUCCACCAUUCAUCAACCCCUCAACCACAGACUUGACGAUCUCAACUUUUGCAACAGCUCACCAUCAUCUCUGCGCCUUCCCUUCCGCUUCUUUGAUACCCGAAGAUACCCCUCUGCUCUUUUUCUUUUCACAAACAUAUAAUCAGCCAAGAUGUUGGAAGCCAGACUCGACCAGGCCGAUAUCCUGAAGAAGGUUGUCGAUGCCAUCAAGGAUCUCGUUCAGGACUGCAAUUUCGACUGCAAUGACUCCGGCAUCAUGCUCCAGGCCAUGGACAACUCCCACGUUGCUUUGGUUUCCAUGGCUCUCAAGGCCGAGGCUUUCUCUCCCUUCCGCUGCGACCGCAACAUCGCCCUCGGCGUCAACCUCGGCUCCUUGACCAAGGUCCUCCGCGCCGCCCAAGGCGACGACAUCCUGACGCUCAAGGCUGAGGAUGCCCCCGAUAGCCUGAACAUCCUCUUCGAGAGCUCAGCCAACGACCGCAUCAGCGAGUACGACCUCAAGUUGAUGGACAUUGACCAGGAGCAUCUGGGUAUUCCCGAGACGGACUACGCCUCCACAAUCACCAUGCCUAGCAGCGAGUUCAGACGCAUCUGCGCGGACUUGAUCGCCAUGAGCGAGUCGGUCACGAUCGACGCGAGCAAGGACGGCGUCAAAUUCGCUGCCAGCGGUGACAUUGGCAAUGGAUCCGUCACUCUGCGAAGCCACACCAACGUGGACAAGCCCGAAAACAACGUCGACAUUGAGCUCUCUGAGCCCGUCUCCCUGACCUUCUCUCUCAAGUACCUCGUCAACUUCUGCAAGGCCGCCGCAAUCUCCAAGCAAGUCAAGAUCUGCCUCUCCAACGAGGUACCGCUGCUUGUCGAGUACGCUCUGGCGGGCUCAAGCUACCUGCGCUUCUACCUGGCGCCGAAGGUAAGUCUAGUCUCUUUCUUGACGCUCAACACCAUCAAGAAAAAAACCUAACGUGCAUCCUAGAUUGGUGACGAGGAGUAAAUCGGCGAUUAACGACGGAAUGAAGUUGAUAUUGCUGGCGUUGCACGGGAUCAUGGACGGGGCAAAGGGCCUGUCCUUUUUCACUCUGGAUUGAGUUUUGCAUGUUCUAGAGAAGAUACGCAAUACGUUGGUGAAGGAAGAGCAAAAAGCACUUUUUGGGACCACGAAAAAUAAUGAAAUAACUGUUUCCGCCUA